AUGGCUCCGCCUAUCACUCGAGCCGAGAAACUAAGGUUGGCCCGCGUCAACACAGAACGAACACCAACGCAGCAUGCACAACAAGACCGUGCAAGACCGAGCACGCAAGCACAGAGACCAGCUCGUCCAUCAUUUCCACCUCGAGGCCGCAGUGUUCAAUCUUCGACUCAUCACAGAGGAGAUUCUACUGGUCGUGGUGACACGAGUUCCAGAGGACGCUCUCAACAGACAACCUCCUCACGAGACAAUGCUCCCAGGCCACCAUCUACAACUCCGUAUAGAAGAGCACAGUCUAGAGUUCGAUUUGAUACAAGUCCUAGAAGACACAGUCAACGGUCACCUUCAGCUCGAGACAAUCGUCGCCGGUCACCUUCAGCUCGAGACAAUCGUCGCCGGUCUCCAUCUCCAGUUCCCUACAGAAGAAACCAGUCACGAGUUCGUUUUGAUAUAAGUCCUAGAAGAGACGGUCAGCGGUCAUCUCCAGCUCGAGACAAUCGUCGCAGGUCUCCAUCUCCAGUUCAAUACAGAAGAUAUCCAUCACGAGCUGGUCGUCUCAGUACACAGUCUCCGGACAGGCAAAGCAGACAUUCUCCAGACCGCAACAGAAGACAAUAUCCACCUUGUCGUGGAGAUGUUACUGAUUCAUCAGGACGCUCUAGAAACGUGUCGCCGGCUCGACGUUCUCCGUCCUCGAAACGCUCUAGGACACAACCGUCAACUGCCACUCAAAGCAGCCGUCAAGCUCAUGGUCGAGAUGUUUGUUCUUCCGAUAGAAAUCGGAGUAUUUCGAUGUCUUUAGAUGAAAAUAGAACACCUCAAGCCACUACUUCAAGUUCAAUUCGUGCUGGGCCACCAUCGCCUCUUCAGGGCACAUCUUCCGUUUCAUUAUCUCCAGAUGGACGCCAGCCACGCUCUCCAAUAAGUCAAAGGACACGGGCUCAAACUCGCACCAGGGGUUCUUCUCGUAAUCGGAGCAUCUCGAUGUCUCCACUUAGACACAGGACACCGUCACCAGUCAGAAAAAUAGUGUUACCGGUCAGAGCCACGCCAACAAGUCCAGCAAGACCAUCUACUUCUUCUGGUGCUAGAUCUUCCUGUCAAAAUCGGUAUUUUUUGACAUUUCCAGUUCGACGCGGGGCAAGUUCUUCGAUUGGACGCCAGACACGUUCUCAAGUUCGAGCCUCUGCACCACCUCGAUGCAGUACAGGACCGUCAACAUCUUCCCGUGGCAGAUCUACACGUCAAAGCUCAUCACCGUCUCCGAUUGGACGCAGAACCCGAUCAGCUCUACGAAGUCCAGCAAGACCACGGUACAGUAGAGCACAAUCAGUGCCUGCACCAAAAGGACCUAAUCGCAAAUGGAUUGCAGUCGAUAUGGUGUUAAAGAAAGUUGUCGUUUCUCCGGAAAAAUUUCUCGAAGGUUCUCGCUUCGAGAAACUCAAAGAGCUAUCAGAUUACCAGUAUCGCAGAUUUGGACGACAGAUCGAAAAGGAUCAAUUUGAUGAGACAAAAGACAUGUAUUGCGAAGAAUGUGAUGCAUAUUUUCGCCCUAGCUGCAAAGAACACCCAGUUCAUAGAAUCGAGGACGCCAUCGUGACUCUCCCUCUCCCUCGCAAUAGAACAAACGCCGAGAUGACAAUUCCCGCUAGAUAUAUGUAUAUCGCCAACUCCAGAAUCCCAAAUGCAGGAAAGGGCGUGUUCGCCAAGGAACUAAUCCCCGUUGGCUUUUUAUUGGGACCAUACGGAGGAAAAAAGUUUAAUCAUCGGCGAGAUCUGGAAUCAGAUUUCUAUGCAUUUAUGGUCGAGACAAGCCCAACAACUCACUUUUACAGAGAUGCAACGGACCCAGAUCAUUCGAACUGGACGCGAUUUGUAAACGCGCCUAAUAGUGACGAAGAGCAAAAUCUCGUAGCGCUUCAAAUUAACGAAGAAAUAUUUUUUCGCGUUGUGAAGGCAAUUGAACCUCAUGAAGAGUUGUUUGUUCCAUACGGAAAGAGUUUCCGUAUCUAA